CAGCCAGAGCUAAAGAGUAGGAGAGAAGGCAAAUAGAGAAGGUGUGCAAGCUAAGCAGUAGACGACAGUAAUAGAGAGGUCCUCUCCAGACUCUCUACACUACAACACAGGCGCUCCCAGAGAGCAGAAACUUAACACUACUCACACUGAGGUUCCUGUCCACAUCAGGGCUGUUGUGCAGCGGGACCAGGUUUGGAACUCUUGGCGUGUCGGGGUCAUCACCACGGGUCAGGGGUCAGGGGUUAAGGGUUGGCAGCAAAGGUCAGCAGCCAGAAUGGGCCAGUCAGCGUGGGUUCUGUUCCUGAUCCUGGGAAUCACCAUGAAGACGACUACAGGGCAAGGGACCUGGAGAAGGGACAGCUCCAGAGUCUCCACAGAGAGCAACCCUGAAAUCUAUCAUACUGACGAUGAUUAUGAGUGGACCACCUGGUUCAACGUGGACCACCCAGGUGGCCGUGGUGACUAUGAGCAACUGGACGCCAUCCGGUUCUACUACCGGGCUCGAGUGUGUGUGUCCCCGCGGGCUCUGGAGGCCCGCACCACAGACUGGGUCCCGGCCCGCAGCACGGGGGAGUGGGUCCACGCUGACCCCGCCCUGGGCUUCUGGUGCUCCAACGCAGAGCAGGCGCCCGGCAGAAACUGCUCCAACUACGCCGUUCGUUUUCUGUGUUCUAAAGGCAGCAGUGGGUCAGCACCGGAGGUAUGGGGUCCUUGGUCGGGUUGGAGUGUGUGUCCAGCCCAGUGUGGCCAGGUUGGGGUCCAGGUCCGGUCCAGGAUCUGCCAGGCCCAGAAUCAGGCCUGCAGUGGGCCCACCGUGGAGGGGAGACCCUGCAAGGGCCCAGACUGCCCCGGCACAGGCUGUUCUCUUCAGUGCAUAAUGGGCAGAGUGAAUGUAGAGUGUGACUCGUGCAUGUGUCAGGAUCACCUGGUCCUGGGCUCUGUCCGCGGCGCAGGCGGUCUCCCCGCUCCUAGCGCGGCUGUCCUCCUCUCCUCCCUCUCUCCUGCCUCCAAACUCCUCACCCUGACGGACCACAACGGACACUUCAGGGUCCCGGGACUCUGCCCUGAUGGCAACACCACGCUGACCGUUUUGCUGAAGGACCACUCCCCCCACACGGUCACUGUGCCCCUCAGCUCUGAACACACCUCCGUGCUCAGCGUACAGCUGCAGAGAGCAGAGAAGCUCCAUGUGCUGAACAACCCGGAGAGCAAGUCCAGGAGAGUUGGUCAGACUGCUGCCUUCUGCUGCAAGGUGGCCGGCUCACCAGAGCCAGAGCAAUACAAAUGGUUCCACAAUGGCAACCUGCUGGAGAAGAACACAGACAGCACACUGGUUCUCAGAGAGCUGAGUCUGGACCAGGCUGGUCAAUACUACUGCAGAGCCAGCGGACCAGCUGGAGCCAUCAAGUCCAAAGCAGCCACGCUCACUAUCCUAGGUCAAAACGAGCCAUCAUGUCACCCCCUGCCUGAAUCCCACUUGAUCCGGUUGCCUCACGACUGCUAUCAGAAUGCCAGCGCCUCUCUCUACUAUGACGUGGGAAAGUGCCCCACAGCCUCCUGCAAUGGGCAGCUGGAUAAAGGCAUCAGGUGCAAGGACAGUGUGGCCUAUUGCUGUGGCGUGUCCAAGAUGGAGGAGCGUCAGCUGACGUGCCAGGGCUACAAGCUGCCCAUCAUGGUGGUGACCACCUGCGGCUGCCAGAAGUGUGUGGAGACCAGAGCCCUCGUCCGAGGGCGAGCUGUGGCUGCAGACACCGGAGAGCCAAUGAGGUUCGGACACAUCUACAUGAAUGGAGUCAGGGUGAGCCGUACGGGCUACAAAGGAACCUUCUCCAUCCAGGUCCCGCCGGAGACAGAGAGGCUGGUGGUCACCUUUGUGGACCACAUGCAGAAAUUUGUCAACACCACCAAGGUGCUACCGUUCAACACCAGAGGAGGCGCGGUUUACCAUGAGAUCAGGCUGCUGAGGAAGAAGGCUCCGGUCACAAUCAGCUCCAUCGAGACCAACACCCUGGACCUGGGGGAGGUGGAAGGUCAGGACCCCAUGGCCUCCAUCCAGAUCCCGCCAAACUCCUUCUACAAGCAGAACGGAGAGGUGUUUGUUGGGAACGUCCAGGCGUCUGUCACAUUCUUGGAUCCCAGGGACCUGUCGACCGCAACCGCAGCUCAGAGUGACCUCAACUUUGUAGGGUCUGAAGGUGACACGCUGCCCCUGCGGACCUAUGGAAUGUUCUCUGUGGACUUCACAGGUGCGGAGUCCGGAGAGGCACUGAACGCUGGCGAGGUGAAGGUGUCCCUGGACUCAGAGCAGGUCAAAAUGCUGGAGCACCUCAGCACCAUGAAGCUCUGGUCCUUGAACCCAGAGACGGGACUCUGGGAGGAGGAGGCCAGCCUGAAGAUGGAGAAGAAAAAACGCGGGAAGAGAGAGGAGAGGACCUUCCUGAUCGGGAACAUGGAGAUCAGGGAGAGGCGUCUGUUCAACCUGGAUGUUCCGGAGAACCGCAGGUGCUACGUGAAGGUUAGAUCCUUCCGCAGCGAGCGCUACAUGCCCAGCGAGCAGGUGGAGGGUGUGGUCAUGACCCUCAUCAACAUGGAACCGUCAGCUGGCUACUCCACCAACCCACGUGCCUGGGGUCGCUUCGACAGUGUAGUAACCGGGCCCAAUGGCGCCUGUCUGCCUGCCUUCUGUGACGAACAGAAAGCGGAUGCGUACUCCGCCUUCAUCAUGGCUAACCUAGGAGGAGAGGAACUGGAGGCUGUCGCCUCGUCUCCCAAACUCAAUCCCAACACUGUGGGCGUUCCUCAGCCAUACUUGGGCAAGCUCAAUUACAGAAGGACGGACCACGAUGACCCAAGAGUGAAGAAGACGGCCUUCAGCAUCCACGUGGCCAAGCCUGGCCCCAACGUGGCAGAGGAGGCCAACGGACCCGUCUACUCCUUUGAGAACCUGAAGGAUUGCGAGGAGGCUUCAUUCAGUGCGGCACACUUCCGUUUCUCCCGGGUGGAAGGUGAUCGCUACGACUACAACACUGUACCAUUCAAUGAGGAUGACCCAAUGAGCUGGACCGAGGACUACCUGAGCUGGUGGCCCAAGCCCAUGGAGUACCGCGCCUGCUACAUCAAGGUCAAGAUGAACGCGCCUCAUGAGAUUAAUGUGCGCUCACGCAACAUGGGAGGGACACACCCCAAGACAGUAGGCCAGCUGUAUGGCCUCAGGGACACACGCAGCAUUCGGGACAUGGACCAGUCCACGGUGUCGGCCGUGUGCCUGGAGUUCAAGUGCAGUGGGAUGCUGUAUGACCAGGACCGAGUGGACCGCACCCUGGUGAAGGUGAUCCCUCAGGGGAGCUGCAAGAGGGACAACGUCAACUCCAUGCUGCAGGAGUACCUGGUCAACCACCUGCCUCUAGCCGUCAACAACGACACCAACGAGUUCACCAUGCUGGCGCCGCUUGACCCGCUGGGCCACAACUAUGGCAUCUACACAGUGACGGACCAGGAUCCACGCACUGCCAAGGAGAUCGCCCUGGGGCGCUGUUUUGAUGGCACCUCAGACGGUACGUCCCGCGUAAUGAAAAGCAAUCAGGGUGUGGCGCUGACUUUCACGUGUGGAGACCGCGAGGUGACACGCCAGAGCGUGUUCCAGGCCUUGCAGAACUCCCCUGGCCAAUCCCUGACCAGCGCAGUGAGAGAGGGGCAAAGAAGACGCCAGAGGGGAGGAGCAAAUGCGGUCAGGAACAGCCAUAGGCGCAGUACCCGGGACCCAGCAGUGAGUUCUAGAAUAUCUGGUAGACGCCCCCAGACUUCAGGCUAGAAUUACACACUUCUCCUCAGGCCAGUUGUUCAGCUCCACACUCCAACUCACUAUACAACACAUGGGCCCUGUGCUCAAUCUUCCUUACUCUGAGAAAUCACUUUAAUUCACUGUGUGGUGAUCUGGGAAUGGGAAAGGAUGCAUUUUUGAGUAGUAACAGGCCCAAGUCAUUCAGGUAUAGCGGAUGAAUUUUAUAAUGCUGGCUGAUUCUUAUGUUAUAUUUUCAAACUGUUUGUACUGUUUUGAUAUAGCUUUUGAUAUAGAACUCUCACUUAUACAUUUUGUAAAAACACCAAUAUUAAUUCAUAACUGGAAAACUAUUAUCUACAACAGGUAUCUGUCCCAGGGAACAUUUGUCGGGAGGUUUAACAGGAGUUUAACAGUAAAUAUUAAUACCUUUUCUUCAUCUGUAGUGAGAUGAAUAUUUACUACUUGAAAUUGUAAAUAAAGGGAUAUUUAUUACUAGGUUGUAACCAUUGAUGUAUAAGUCAAACCCCCAAUAAAAAUGGAAACAAACAUG